AUGGGUGCAAGAGGUGUUUCUGUUCAAGGAAAACCGCAUCCAUCUGUUACAGCACCCAAUUCUCAUGCAGGUUCUCCAGGCUUACCUGUUACGAUUCUCAACAACCCACUUGACAGCAACAUGCGGUCUUCUUCAGAUGGUCAACGAACGAAGGAUGGUCUAGCGGACUCAAGGGCUGGACAUCCCGUUGCCAGAGUGGUCCCAACAGCUGACAAGUUCACAGCAAGUGCUCUGGCCUCUGCAGCAGCUGCAGCCUCUGCUGUGGUCCAAGCACACUCAUUUCAGCCUUCACAUGCAAAUCCUGCUGGUGGAUUUUCACUGUUUGGACCUGAUUUAAGCAGCGUUGCUUUGGGCAACAUGUUCCACAACGCCAUGGCAAUGGACUUGAGAUUCGGGAUGCGAAAGCUGUGCCACUUCUGUUCUUUCUGCCAGGAGAGGCGCAUUGUAUCAGUGCCUUUUCACUGGUGCGUGGAUGACCAAGUGGUGACUGGGUUCAAAGGCCCUUCGCCAGCAGGGCCCAUUGGGAGACGACACAACAAGCACAGGGACGACUUUAAUUUCCCGCUAGGCACUCCGCCAAUUCGGAAGCUCCCUACUGGCGCGGCGCGCCAUGGCGGGCGAUCUGCAGUGGUUCCGCGCAAGCGCCGCCGCAUCCUUGACCCCGCGCACGUGGACGUCGCCGCCUCUCCCGGAGCCAGCCCCGAGCGGCGGCCGUUCGAGUCCGACACGCCGACUCGCAACGCGCACGAUGCGCUGAUCAAAAGCGCCCCCGGCGCUUCGGUUAGAAACGCGCCUGGCGCUUCGCGCGGGGAAGGCUUGUUUUCCGCGGAACAGACUGACGAGGGUUUGAUGUCUGGCCGCCGUGUGUUGUUUCCUGACGGAAAGUUUGACGGGGCUGGAAAAGGGAACGGCGGGAGCGAAGUGGGGACGGAGGGGAAUGGUACCGAGGGAGGCGCGGGGAAGAACGCAUUGGGGGAAGUUGUUGGGGGAGUUUUGGGGGGAUCAGCGGCGGAAAGUGGCGCAAUGGCGGGAUUGGCGGUUUACCGGCGACUGGCGUUUGGGGACGAGCAAGCGGGAGGGCGGGAGGGUAGUCGAACGACGCUCAAGUCUGAUGGCGAGGCGGAACGAGAGAGUGGGAAAGCGGAAGCAGCGGGAGAGGGCAAGAACGAUGAGGCGGUAGAGGAGAACGAGAGGGAGGUAGAGGAGGAGGUAGAGGAGGAGGUGGAGGAGGAGGUGGAGGAGGAUGAAUUGGAGCUAGAGAUUGUGUAUGAGGAAGAAGCCGACAGUGCCGUGACUCGGUUCUCGUCGUCUAAUAACGCGGACGGGGAUGACCUCUUCCGGUGGAACCGCAUCCAUAGAGGGAGCGCCGGGCCCGGGGGACGCGGAAGCGGAGCCAAUGGACCAAAUACACGUGGCGAGGUGCUGGCAGCCAUGGUGGGCGUUCAAGUGCCACGUCAGCAAGGGGUGCGAAGCCUGGCGCCGGAUCUGGAGGGGCGUGAAUCGGCCGCAGCCGCAGCAGCAGCAGCUGCAGCUGCAGGGGGGGUGAGAGGCGGACGGGCUAGUGUCUCCCCGAUACAGUCACCUUCGAAAGGAGCAGCUACUAAAAGUGCAGUGAGAGGGGAAAUAGGCGCAGAAGCAGGAGGAGGAGCAGGGGGAAGAACGAGGAGCGCAAGAGCGGCAGCAGGGAUGGUAGCAGCAGCAGCGGCGGUGAAGGCGGAGGCUGACGAUCUUCCACCACAGUUCCUGGAAAUCGCGCAGCUGUUUGACGCACUGGAGCUGAGCUGCCGCCUGCUGCGCGCGAGGAAGCUUCUGUGCUCCUUCCAGGCGAUUAAAGACGCGGUGCAGGACGUGACUAAGAGGCGCUUCACUCAGCGGCACCUGGCGCAGAUGCUGUUCGUGGGGGGCGGAGGGGGCGGGGCAGGGGGAGGAGGGGGGGAAGGGGGAGUGGCAGGGGAAGAAGGGGGAGGGGCAGGGGUUGGAGUUGGCGGAAAGGUAGAAGAGGGAGGAGGUGGAGAGGGGGUGAAGGAAAGGGAGAAAGGAGGUGAGGAAGGGAAGGACAUAUCGCUGAGUCCUGUUGCACUUAGCAAAACAACACUUAGUAAAGCGGAUGCUCUCAGCAGGGCAUCUGCCCGCCAGGCUGUCCUUGGCGUGCCGUUGCUUAGAGUGGAAUCGGUUCUUCUGCCCGAAAAAAACUCCUCUCCUGUGAAGCUCUCAGGGGCGGCAGGCAGGGCGGCAAGGUUUGGACGUAGCGUGUGGGAUCUGAAGAUAAUAUUGGAAAGCGAAGGGGAGGGGAAGGGGGAUGGUGGUGAAAGUGAUUUGCCUGCAGCAGCGGAUGGCGGUGCUAGUAGCAGUAGUGGUGCAGGGGGCGAUGGAGGGAUAGCAGCAGGAGGCAUGGCAGGAGGCAUGGCAGGAGGCAUGGCAGGAGGCACAGGCAUGGCAGGGGGGAGGGUGAGGAGCGAGGAGAGUGACAUGCUGUGGCGGAAGAGAGAGUUCCGAGCCAGGCUGGGGAGACUGGCACGUGCCUUGGGGGCAGUGGGAAGGGACAAAGAUGUGACUGCAGCAGAUGUGACUAUACCGGAGAAGACUCUGCCAGACCCCCUUUCACCUUCCCCUGUGCCAUCUGUCGAUGCUCGUGCGUCUCUCAAUGUUCAAACGAGUCACACUCACUCUUAUCACACUCGCCAUUCUCACCCUAGCAGCCGCAGGAGUCUGUUUCCCGAUCCAUCCGCUAACCCUACCUUUGCCGAAGCUGGUCCAGGCUCGGUGCCAACAGCUGCACCUUUUGCCAGGCCUGUCUUGCAGGCCCGGUCAACCUCCCCGCGCCACCGCCAUCGCCCUGUUUCGGCAGAUAGGGUCGGCAGAAAUCCGAACCCAGACUUGGGUGCUCGUGUGAGGGUUGACCUCACCCCAUCGCUGGAUCGCUUGGCUGUCCGAACGAACGUAGGAGGCUCGGCAAGAGCAGUCGAGGCAGGGUCUGAGCAGGUUCGGAAACGCGAAGAGCAGCAGCGUGCCGAGGCUACCGAGGAGGCUCGGCAGGCGCGGCGGCGGCGUCUGCUGCUGGCAGAGCUGCCUCUCCUUACCGACAUGGUGGUCGCUCUCUUUGCCAGCUGUCGCGCUGCCGUGCUGCCACAUAGGGACCUUGUGGUCCGGCUGGUGGCCAAUCACAGCAAGCAGACCAACCAAGACGAGAUUGAGGAGCAGUUGAAGCUUCUAGAGGAGAUCGCGCCGGAUUGGUUGUGUGCUAAGAUGUCCCUUCGAGGAGAAAAACUAUACCGGUUAUCCAAGGUGGUAAUGGCCACUCAUGUCAAGGCACGGGUGAAGGAUGAGCAGAAGCUUGAUCCAGAGCAGCACCAGCAUGCACCACCGCGUCGUCCUGUGCAUGGUGCAUCUGAGUUUUGCCAUUCUGAAGCUGCUGCUUCUUCCGCCGAUCUUCAUACGUGCCAGCCCCCUCAGCUUCAGCAGCAAACAAAAACAGACACAAUGACGGAACGAUCCUACGUCAUGAUCAAGCCCGACGGCGUUCAACGCGGCCUUGUCGGGGAGAUCAUCGGUCGGUUCGAGCGCAAGGGUUUCGUUCUGCGAGGCCUGAAGCUGUUCCAGUGCCCCAAGGAGCUCGCAGAGGAGCACUACAAGGACCUCGCCGACAAGCCCUUCUACAAGGGCCUUGUCGACUACAUCAUCUCCGGCCCCGUUGUCGCCAUGGCCUGGGAAGGCAAGGGUGUCGUGGCUUCAGCUCGCAAGCUGAUUGGCGCCACCAACCCCCUUGCUUCCGAGCCCGGCACCAUCCGUGGUGACCUUGCUGUCGAGGUUGGCAGGAACGUCGUGCACGGGAGUGACAGCGUGGAGAAUGGCGAGCGUGAGAUUGGCUUGUGGUUCAAGGAGGCAGAGCUGAUCAAGUGGGACCCUACACUCCUCCCCUGGCUGCGCGAGUAG